GUAUAUAUAUAGAAGAGAUGGAAUGAAACCCUUCACUGACACAUCUUCACUGGGAUUGCUCCUCUUGGAAUAACUACAAUUUUGCUCUCUCUCCCUCAGUACAACAACUACAUUAUGGGAAAACUACUUGUCCUGUGUGCUGUGAUUCUUGCUUGCAUCAGUAUCGGAUCUGCUCUCCAGUGCUUGAAAUGCUCCUUCACUUUUUUUGACAUCCCCUGCCACACUUCCACUGUCACCUGCGAAGCUGGACAGGUCUGCGCUAUUGUCCGAGGAAGAGCAGCUGGCAGCAAGUUGAUCAAGAAGAAAAACUGCAUCGAUGAGGACAAGUGCAACAAGAACGACACCGCAUCCUUCUUGGGAAUCAGCUACAUCACCACCUACGACUGUUGCAAAGGCGACUUCUGCAACUCAGCUGCCGCGGUGCCUUCUGCCCACAUCUCCCUGACCGUGGCUCUGGCCAUGCUGGGCUUCUGGCUCUCCUGCUUUCUGUAAUCCUGCUCCCCAGGAAGCAAAUGUCUAUGCAGCGGCAUAUUUCACCCAGCAAACUCUGUCCAGCAGCUCUUCCCCAGCCCCACGGCCACCGCGGCAUGUUUACUUUAAAAAGUCCCUGUUAAUACACUCGUCAUUUUGUGCCUACCUGCUAUCUCACAUAAUACAAAACCAGUAUGAGUGGCAAGGGUUACUGGGAUGGGUGAAAACUAGAAACGUGUUUGGAAAAGACCAUCUUCCUUCCCUUCCAUCACCUGUGGACCCUUUAUUCCUCCAGCUUUGUUCCUUUAUUAUUACUUUAUGACACUUUUUAGUAUUCAGCUCCACCAAACACAUAGUGACGUUCUUCUCACCAUAUGAGAGGAAGAUGCAGGCAAUGGAGCUAUCUCAGUGGGUGAGAGAGUUCAGCAUGAGUUAGUUUCUUUUCAGCACCUGGGUUGGCUCUGACAACCGGCUUUCCGAGUCAUUUAGCAUGCAAAGCAUGAUUUGAAGAAGAAAUCCAGAGGGUAGUCAUCUAACCUGUUAGAGAAAAAACAACAGAGCCUUGUGGUGCAUUUGAGGUGCCAGAAAACCCUUUGUCCUUUUACUGUGGUAAAAGUCAUCCAUAGGUAAAAUGGUUACCCUUGUCCACGUUCUGCUCAAGUUCUAACCAGAGCUGAUGCCAAGCCACAAACCAUUUUAGCUGCUUAAUAAGACGAUGCCCCAAGUGCUUGCAUGGGAUUCUGGGUCAUACUUCCACUUGGCAUGAGACCUGUCCAGGUCACACAGCAGAAACCCGACAGUUCAUAUUCCAUGUGAGGCUCCUAAAAACCUGGAGCUGAACCUGGCCUUAUAAUUCUUCCUUUGCAUCUUCUUUGCCUUUUGUAAUUCCUCAUCAUUUUAUUUCCCCUGGACUUUCAUUCACUGCAAGCCUUUCCUUGCAAGUUCUUAGCCUCUUUGGCCAUUUAUGCUUCAUGCCGUUUCCUGUUCAGCCCCUCCCCGAACCCGUUUCCUUAUUCUGCCUUUCUUCCAGUUAGUCACUCUUACUGAGCUUUCCAUGUGUAUCCACUUACUGUAGCAACAAUGCAUUGGGCUCACUUCCUGGCUGUCUGUGGUUUGCUUUUCCUAUGAGUCACCCAAAGUGUGGUAACUACUUCUUUCCAUCAGCAUGUUUUGGGAGAGCCUUAACCCACCCUGCCUUAUCCUGAUGACAGCAGUGUGUCAAUGAGGGAGACAGGCCAAACGGAGAAUGUUUAUGGAGAACAGUCAUCCCAAAGCAAAGUCCUUCUCUUCUCUCUCUUCUCCUCUCUUUCUGUUUUGUUGCUUUUGUGUCUUGGAAUGGGUGGUUUGGCGAUGUCCACACCCAGCAGGAAUAAGCCAUUUGUGGUCCUCCAGAUGUUUGCCCAGCAGCCACACCCCAGGCUGGAGCAACGCCCCUUAUCUCUCAUCAUCUGGAGGGCCACACGAUACCCACCAAAAGCCUUUCCCACCUGCUAUGCAUAUCCCUGUACACUGCUGGAAAAUGCCAACUGCAGUAUAUUUUUGUGUGCCACAAGGCCAACCCAUGCAGACAUACUUUGCAAUUAAAAAAAGUAGGCUUGCAGGAAUGCCAUCAACAUCUGUCUGCACUUUUCAGCAGCACGCAUGAUAUACAUAUAGGAUUAAACGAAUCAGAUUAGAUGAUCUGAUUCAGCAAUACUUUUGUUUGCUGCUUCUCCUGCAUGCUCUUACUGCUAAGCAGUUUUGCCAACAAGGAUACCUUUCACGUUAAUGACUCUGAAAACAGAUCUUCACAAAAUACUGAGUUUGGAAAAUCAGUUUCUUUCCUUACAUUUCAGUCCAGUGAAACAAAAUGCACCUUUUUUUGGGAGAGGGGGGAUAAAAAAAUUCCAUUCAAGAAUGUUAAUGUAAAUUCAGGACUAUUAAGCAACUAUUGCCCUCAAUUAUCUUUUUUUGUUUGUUUGUUUGUUUGUUUGUUUUUGCUAAUCCAUCAACAGCACUUUGAAAGGGGAGGAAAGGAGGCUGGAGAGGCCUCCAGGUAGCUGGUAUCCCGGCCUCUCCAGUCUCCUCUCCUCCCCACCCAUUAAAACAGUCCCUUUUCCCCAUCUCCAAGCUUGCUUUCCUGACUUUGGAAGCAUGGCUGUGAGGGUGCGGGGGAGCAGCUCUCCUGUGCCAACUUCUGCCCCAAGUCUCAGAAGGGAAUAUUCCCACUAUUCUAUGACCCUUCAGCCCCUUAAAAUAUUUACUUUCAGCCUUCCAAAAGAAGUCUCUAGCAGUUACUAAAACAUCUUAAAAUACAUGUUGCUAUUUCCUUCAUUGCAAGAAAAGUCCACAUGAUUAUCCAGAUUCUAUUUGUGUCUUAAAAGUGGAUGGCUUUGAUACAAGAAUUUCAAAAUAUACUCAAAGUGGUAAAGGAAAGACAGACUCAAAGCCACAUAUGCCAUGCAUGAAAAACAGAAAACAUAAUGCAAGUGAGAGGUUGUUGUCCCAUCACCCUUUGGUUCAUUGUGGCUCUGAAGAGUUCCUUUGGGAUAUGAUUAUUAUUAAUGAUAUUAUACUGCCCAGUCGCUGAAGCUUUCUGGGUGGUUCACAACUACAGGUAGAAUACAAUAAAAAUGCAGUAACAAUAAAACAUAAUAAAGAUAAGGUACAAGAUUUAAAAGCCAAGUUUAAAAUCAAAUUUUAAAGGCUGCAAUAACUUACUCAAAAUGAGUCCCAAGGCCUGUUAAACAGUUCUUCUAGUACCCCAAUAUAUAAAAUUAAGUGAACACCCCAUCAUAGAGGACAGUCUUAACCUGGCACUGAAAAGAUACUGAUGUCGGCUCCUGGCAGGCCUCAGUGGGGAUCCUGUUCCAUAACGGAGCUGCCACUGAAAAGGCCGUUCUCCUCAUUGCCUCCAACCGUGCCUCCCUCAGAGGUGACAGUCAGAGGUUGGCCUCAGAUCUGGAUCGUAGGACGAUGGUGGCUUGUGGGUGGGAAAGACUGUCCAUCAGGUUUUGUGGUUCCAGGCUGCCCUGUCCUUUCCUAACUGGGAGUAAACCCAUGGAACUCAAGAGAUCUUACUUCUGAGCAGACAUGUCUAUUCUUGUUCUACAUGUGCACAGGCAUGCAUACGCACGCAGUUCCUCCACGCAUGUGGGUCUUGUUCCUUUCUCGUCUUUCUCACUCCAACACUACUGUAUUUUGCAACCGACUUUAAACGUGGAAAACACUAUUCCGUAUCUAAUGGGCAAAUUCCCUGAACUCUGUUUCUGUGUUUGCAUAUUUUGAGUUGUUGAUACAUACCCAAAGAAGCUGGUGGGUUUUUUAAACUGUCUUAAAUUUAGCAAAUAACUGGGUGCUACUGUUUAACACGGGCAAACAUACGAAGGCUUUUCUGUACACCGUGCCUCCCUCAGCUGGGAUCUCUUGAGGACAGCCUGCCUCCAGUUGUUCUUUUUCUUCUGAACUGAGUCCAGAAGUUCUUCAGGCCAAAUAAAUCUGACUGGAUGUUAGCGUUGAA